CUUUUCCCCCUGUUUUUUUGACUCUUCAUUCCAUUACCCGUAAGCCAUGGUUUUAUAUUACACUAGUAACAUUGUCGACCCUCCUGUUACCAUUUACAUGGGAAAGGAUAAGUUUGAAAAUGACGAUUUGAUUACUUAUGGUUUUCCCGAGGAUAUUUGGUUCCAUGUAGAUAAACUCUCAAGUGCUCACGUUUAUGUCCGUUUACAACCUGGACAAACAUGGCUCGAUAUUCCUGCAGAGGUUGUUGAUGAUUGUGCACAAUUGGUCAAAGCCAAUAGUAUCGAAGGUAAUAAGAAGAACGGAAUUACUGUUAUUUACACUCCAUGGGAUAAUCUUAAGAAGACACCCGGCAUGGAGACUGGUCAAGUCACCUUUCACAAUAAUAAAAAAGUGAAACGUGUGUUUGUUGAAAAGCGUAUCAAUGAGGUUGUGAAUCGUUUGAACAAGACUAAAGUAGAGCGUCAACCUGAUCUUAUGCUUGAAAAAAUUCAAAGAGAAAAAAUCGAUAGGAAGACUGCCCGUUUGAGUGAAUUUGCAGAGAAAGAGGAAAUUCGUCGUUUAGCCGAGGAAAAGAGAAGAGCUGAAAAGGAGAUUAAUGAUUUGUUUGAUACAAAUCAAAUGAAAAGUAACUGGAGAGAGACUGAAGUAGACGACAUUGAUGCUGCUGAAGAAGAUUUCAUGUAGACUUGAUAGAUAAAUCACGUAUGUUGUGCUAGUAAUAAAUAUACUUUUUUUAAACAUUAUUGUGCGGGUACUUGCACGGCUACUACCACGAGAAGGUUCGUUCACGCUGGUUCCACCAUCAGGGCCCAAAAACUGAUGUUGACAAUACACACUGAUAAGCGCAUGCAUGAACACG